CUGCCAUGGAAGAGACAUUUUCCUUGUGUAGAGCUAACUUAGAGCAUUCUGUGAGGUCUGUGACUUGGCCAACAACCUGCCACCCUUCCAAGCACAAGCACUUUAAUCAAACGCAAGCACCUUAAAUUAACCCUAACAUUCUCCACGAUCAUGCUGUCACUUCGCGCCACCAUUUCGGUGGCAGAUAAGCCUAUCAGUCUCAACCAAAGUCCCUGCCUAUCUACUAAGACUCAAACACUCUCGCUGUUGUCCCUCUCUCAAUCGAUACAGCGGCGAGCCUUGGUUAGUGCCACAGAUGGGGCCAAGGACUUUGAGGUGGUCAACGGCAGAAUGGCCUCCGCCGGCGGCUUGACGAGGGUGGAGGUGGACCUGCUGCCCUCUGGCCUCCGGCAAGAGCUGAUGCCCAGGCAUGUGGCGGUAUGCGCCGAUGGAUGUGGCAGAUGGGCCCAUAAGCGGGGGCUGCCACCAUCAGCGGGCCAUGCGGCAGGAGUGCGGUCCUUGAAGGAGAUGAUUGACCUCAGUGGUAAAUGGGGGAUUAAGGUGCUUACCGUGUUUUUAUUCUCGACGGAGAACUGGUUUCGACCCAAAGCCGAGGUUGACUUCUACAUGGAUUUGUACGAAAGGGUCGUAGAACACGAGCUGAUGUCAGCUUGCUCUGGAGAUGGGGUGAGACUAUCCAUGAUAGGAGAUGCGUCAAGGCUCCCCAAGUCAUUCCAGGAAGUGUGGGCUAAAGCAGAGCAAUCGACGAAGAAUAACUCCGGGCUUCACCUCAUUCUCGCUAUGAGCUAUGGCGGGAAAUAUGACAUAACUCAGGCAUGCAAAAGCAUAGCUCACAAAGUGGAAGACGGUCUGAUCACAUUGGAAGAUAUCGACGAGAAACUGGUUGGGCAAGAAAUAUCUACUGGCCGUGCAGAGUUUCCCUGUGUAGAUUUAUGGAUGCGGACGAGCGGUGAACUACGAAUCAGUAACUUCCUGCUGUGGGAAUUGGCCUAUGCCGAGCUUUACUUCUCCCCAGUUCUCUGGCCCGAUUUCGGGAAGGCUGAGUUCGUGGAGGCCUUACAUUCAUACCAGCAGAGACAGAGACGAUUUGGUGAUAGGGUUUCAUCAUGAGACGGCUCCAUAUAGAGUAUAUGGUCAGUUUCAAUCUACUAGUACUAGUGAUUGCUAGGGGUGUGCACGAGCAUAUCGGUUGGAACCUACCCAAUAAUAGAUUUUGGAUAACUAUUAAUAUAAAAUGAGUACGUUCCAUGCAUUGUUAUCUGCCCGCACACUCA